GCGCGUGUCAUGGCGGCCGUGAUGGAGGUGAAACCAGUUUACUGAGAUAAAAGAUUAAUACAUUAAUUCAAAUUAAAACAUGAAUUAUUCCUGAAGCUACGCAAAUAACAUAGUUUCAACAGAGUUAAACUUUGUACUGCUGCUCCAUGGAAGGUCACAUGACAGGUUGAUUCUCUGCUGUCAUGAUGUCAUCAGUGAUGCUCAGAACCAUGCGGCUGGUUCGUGCUGAGCUGCCAUUGGUCUUCAGAUUCCUGUCCUCAUCGUGUAUCUGCCCCGCCCAGUGUUCCCGCCCUCUGCUUGUCUCCAAACAGCACAGGAACCUUUCUGCAAAGCAGGUCAAAGGUCAGCAGAGACACAAUGUGAACCCCAAAAAGGACAAACAAAAAGUGGAGAUCAGACAGAGUAUGACGGUGGCGGCUCUGGCGGAGGCCAUGAACAGAGACGUUGAUCAUGUGCUGGAAGUUCUUCUGCACACGCCCAUGGACAUGGACUCGUUAGAAGCGGACUUUGUUCUUGAGGAGCGGUGGAUCAAAGAGGUGGUGAUGCGCUCAGGGAUGAAGGCCACAUGGGCCAAGCUGUCGGAGACCAAAGAGAAGGAGAACAAAGAUGUCCAGAGGCGGCCCCCAGCAGACCCCACCCAGUUGCUGCCACGCCCCCCAGUGGUCACCAUCAUGGGUCAUGUAGACCACGGGAAGACCACGCUGUUGGACAGUCUGAGGAGAAGUCAGAUUGCCGCCAGCGAGGCUGGAGGCAUCACUCAGCACAUUGGAGCGUUUCUCGUUCAGCUGCCGACAGGUGAACGGAUCACAUUCCUGGACACUCCAGGUCACGCUGCCUUUAACACCAUGAGGGCCCGCGGAGCCAACGCCACAGACAUUAUCAUCCUUGUGGUGGCAGCAGAUGACGGCGUGAUGAACCAGACCAUUGAAUCCAUUCAGCAUGCCAGAAAAGCCAACGUUCCCAUCAUCGUGGCGGUGAAUAAGUGUGACAAACCUCAGGCUGACCCCGAGCGCGUCAAACGAGAGCUGCUGGCCCACAAUGUCAACUGUGAAGAGUUUGGAGGAGACGUUCAGGCCAUCCACAUCUCUGCUCUCAAGGGUGACAACCUGGAGGCUCUGGCUGAGGCCACGGUGGCUCUGGCCGAGGUUUUGGAACUGAAGGCGGAUCCCAGCGGCCCUGUUGAGGCCGUUGUCAUCGAGAGUCGCACUGAUAAAGGCAAAGGGGCUGUAACAACAGCACUCGUCCAGCAGGGGACGCUGAAGAAAGGCUGCAUUCUGGUUGCGGGAAAGACCUGGGCCAAAGUUAGAUUUCUGUCGGAUGAGAGGGGCUGCAUGAAGGAAGCGGGGCCAAGCACUGCCGUGGAGGUCGCAGGCUGGAAGGAGCUACCGUCUGCCGGUGAGGUGAUCCAGGAGGUGGAGUCUGAGCAGCGGGCAAAGGAGGCGGUGGCGUGGCGGCUCAGGGAGGAGGCGGAGCAGAAGCUGAGGGAGGAGCAGGAAGUUAUUGAUGCCAAAAACCAAGAACACCUGAAGGAGUACAAGAAGCAGCAGGCAGAGUUUUCUCACCUCACCUGGAGGCAGAAGAAGGCGACGCUUAACAGGAUCAACCGGCAGGUCGCCGCCAACAGGCCCCGUGAGAGGGCGGCGAGGGCGGAGCUAAGUCUGCCGCUCAUCAUCAAAGGCGACGUGGAUGGCUCGGUGGAGGCCAUCUUGAACAUUGUGGAUACAUACGACGCUCAGGAUGAAUGUCAGAUGGACGUGAUCCACUUCGGCGUUGGAGAUGUGUCGGAAAAUGACAUCAGCAUGGCGGAAACAUUCGGAGGAUCCAUUUAUGGUUUCAACGUCGCUGCCAGUCCGUCCAUCCAGCAGAUGGCUUCCAAGAAAGGCAUCCCUCUGAAGUUACACAACAUCAUCUACAAGCUGCUGGACGAGCUGAAGGACGAGCUGAGCGCCAAACUGCCGCCCGUCCUCAAAGAGAAACCCGUGGGUGAGGCAGCAGUCCUCGCCACCUUCAGUGUCACCGUGGGAAAGCAGCAGCUCCCGGUGGCAGGGUGCCGGGUGCAGAAAGGUCAGCUGGACCGCAGGCUGAAGUUCAGGGUCGUCCGCGGACACCAGACCGUCUGGGAGGGUUCGGCAGCGGCACUGAAGCACCAUAAAGACGACGUGCUGACGGUGAAGUCGGGGAUGGACUGCGGCCUGUCCGUGAAUGCCGAUGUGGACUUAAGACCUGGAGACUCAGUCGUCUGCUUUGAGGAGGUCAGCAUGCCGCAGGUCACAUCCUGGGACCCUGGCUUCUGACUGCACCGCUUCCCAUGAUCCUCUGCUGCUCUUC